AUCUACUGCGCAUGCGCUGUAUACCGUGAGAGGGGCGCUGCAAAAGUUAAUCUCUCAAGAGCGGAUCAAAACAGACGCUUUACAUUAGAUUCUGGAGAUUCUGUUGUUAUUUACGACAACGUUUUUAACAGCAAGCUUCGCAACAUCGAGGAGACUGAAACACAAGGAAAAAUAAACCAGACUGAACCGAAACUAAUAACACAGUUACGCAGUCAGACAGCGACUACUGACUACUCAAGAUCAGUCCAAUGGCAGCAUCGUGUGUGACCAAGGUGGAGCUAACAGUCUCCUGUGAAAACUUGCUGGACAAGGAUGUGGGGUCCAAAUCUGACCCGCUGUGUGUCCUGCUCAUGGACACAUCUGGAAACCAGUGGUUUGAGGUCGAUCGCACUGAGAGGGUUAAGAACUGCUUAAGCCCAAAAUUUGCCAAGAAGUUUGUUGUCGAUUACUACUUUGAGGUCGUUCAGAAGCUCAGAUUCGGCAUUUACGAUAUUGACAAUAAAACCAUCGAUAUAAGCGAUGAUGACUUCCUGGGCGAGUUUGAGUGCUCGUUGGGUCAGAUUGUUUCCAGUAGCAAGCUGACGAGACCUUUGAUGCUGAAGAACAAGAAACCUGCAGGAAAGGGAACGAUUACGAUCAGUGCAGAGGAAAUCAAGGACAACAGAGUUGUGAAUUUUGAGAUGGAGGCCAGAAAACUGGACAAUAAGGAUUUCUUUGGAAAAUCAGACCCCUACCUGGAAUUUUACAGGCAGACGGAAACAGGCUGGCAGCUUGCUCACAGAACUGAGGUGGUGAAGAAUAACUUGAAUCCUUGCUGGAGGCCUUUUAAGAUCCCUCUACGAUCUCUAUGUGCAGGAGACAUGGAGAAACCAAUCAAGGUUGAAUGUUACGAUUAUGACAGCGAUGGAUCUCAUGAUUUGAUAGGGAUUUUUGAGACCAAUAUGAAGCGUCUGCAAGAGGCCUCUCGCACCACUCCGGCCGAGUUUGAGUGUAUAAACAGUAAGAAGAAACAGAAGAAAAGUUAUAAGAACUCUGGAGUAGUGUGUGUGAAAGUUUGUCAGAUUACCAAGGAAUACACCUUUCUGGAUUACAUCAUGGGAGGCUGCCAGAUCAAUUUCACUGUGGGCAUAGACUUCACUGGGUCAAAUGGUGACCCCAAGUCACCUGAUUCUUUACAUUACAUCAGUCCUCAAGGUGUGAAUGAAUAUCUCUCAGCUAUCUGGUCAGUUGGCCUUGUGGUCCAGGACUAUGACAGUGACAAAAUGUUUCCUGCAUUUGGAUUUGGCGCCCAGAUUCCACCUAGUUGGCAGGUGUCUCAUGAGUUUCCUCUCAACUUCAAUCCCGCAAACCCAUUCUGUGCAGGUGUGGAGGGUGUGGUGGAGGCCUACAGGAUGUGCCUUCCUCAGGUCAAACUUUACGGACCUACGAACUUCGCUCCUAUUAUUAACCACGUGGCUCGUUUCGCACUGCAGGCUUUACAGCAGAACACAGCGUUGCAAUACUAUGUCCUGCUGAUCAUCACGGACGGAGUGAUAUCGGAGGUGGUUGAUAAGCGUGGAGCCAUAGUCGCAGCCUCCCGCCUGCCCAUGUCAAUCAUCAUUGUGGGCGUAGGCAAAGCCGACUUUACAGACAUGGAGAUUCUGGAUGGAGAUGACGGGCGACUGAAGUCUAUCAAAGGAGAACCGGCCGUACGCGACAUUGUGCAGUUCGUGCCCUUCAGAAAGUUCCAGAACGCUCCUAAAGAGGAGCUCGCUAGGUGUGUUCUAGCGGAGGUUCCUGGUCAGGUCGUCACCUUCUUUAACAUGAUGAAGCUCCUGCCUCCUAAACCAAACACUCCAGUGGACUCUCCAAAUGGGCCACCACAGAACUGAUGGACCUGGUAACUUCCUUCAUACCACAUACAACUCCAUAACUGGACAUCACCAACCUGCUGACCUGCUAACCAUAGGCUUUCUUAAAGAGAAAUACCACUAGAUACAUUUGGUUUGCAUUGGUUUUAAAUUUCAGUUAUGAAAUUAUUUACUUUUUAAAUCAUUUUAUACUUAUUUACAUGUUUUCUUCUGCCAAAUGAUCUUGCAGUGGUCUAUUAUAGAGCUUGUUUGGACUCAAGUAUCCUACUCUAAAUGAUCUGUUACUGAAAAAAAAAAGUACUGAAGUUUAAAGUCAACCUUGUUAGUGUUCCAGUUAUGACAAGAGAAUACAGCAAUGGUGUGAAGGAUUUUUUAUUUUUUUUUAUUUUUUAAUCUCCAUUGUCAUUCCCAUUAACUAACUAAACAAAAUUGUUUACAGUUAGCAUUAUCUCAUUAAUUUUUCAUGUCAUUAUCAUUCUUUACAUCUUAUAUUUGUAUAAGAUUUUUUAAUCAGUGCCUCACAAAGCCAUUUCUUCAUAUAUCUAAUGCAUAAUAUUAUAUACUGAUCACAUUAAUGUACCUGAUCAUUUAAGUUCAAUUCCUACAGGAAAAAAAAAAAAAAGUGAAUGUAUUUUUUAUUUAAUUCUAUGGAAAUCAUGGGGAACCUUUUCACAUUGCCAAGUUGAAUUUUUGACUAGAAUGCACAUAAAGCUAAAGCCACUGAGGAAUGGUGCUCAGAUCUCAAUCUGUACAGAUGAAAGCCAUAGAUACUGACGUCUAGAUAGGCCAGUCAUCCUGUUAUGUGCCUGAAUGCAAUAUGCAUUACUACAUUAAUAAUAAUAAUAUGCCAAGAUAAUCAGCUUUUUGGAGCAGUAUUAACUGUUUAAGAUGCAGAACAAGAUUGUUUUACAUUUUAAUCACAAUGUCUGUAAUAGCACGUUGUGCUCAAUUAGUGCUGAGAGAUCUUAAAUGUAAUUUAAAUAAAGCUAUUUUUAUCAGAUAUAGCAUCAUUAUAAUGUAAUGUGUCAGCUAAGCAAUGCAUGAUAUGUUUUGCUGAUAUGUCUUUCAUCUGUGUUCUUGUAGCAUGCUUGUUUCACAUACAGUAAAUAAAAUAGCGAAAAGUUG